AUGAAUAUUAGAUCCAGAGAGUCUGUUUGUCGGAAUCUCUUCGGUCCAGUGGACCAUGACCAGGUGCGUCAGGAAGUACAGCUGAAACUGAAGGAGAUUAUGGAGCAGGACAGCCAGCGCUGGAACUUCAACUUCCAGUCUGGGAUACCGCAGCUUGGCAGAUUUCAGUGGGAGGAAAUACCUACAGAUUGUGCAACUUCUUACUACCAGGAGUCCCCAAAGCCAAUGGCUGAUGUUAAUUCUCUAAAAACUGAGGACAGUGGCAGGGUAAGCAAUAAUGAUGAAGACCUUGGCACCAACCAAGAGAACUGUUUAAGUGUGUCCAACAAACUUAAGCGUGCUACUGAAAUGACGCCUGUCUGGAGGAAGAGGUCGGUCUCCAAAGCUGCAGUCAAGUCAAAUAAUGCAAGAAUUACAGAUUACUUUACAAAGAGAAGACGGUCAUUAGAAGAUAAGAGCAUCAUCAGUCCUUUUCAGACCCAUUUCAACAAGGAUACUCAAUACCAGACAAUAAGAUGA